AUGGUUUAUAAGGAGUCCCUGGGUGGCACAAAUGGUUCAGAGCUAGACUACGAGCCGAAAGCAUCUUUUUAUGGUGAAAGCUACGUGGAGUUCAACAUCAUAGAAGUUUCCUCUGAAUUGUCUCUUCAAUUAAAAUUUCAAACCAGUAAACCACAGGGGUUACUUUUUCUCGCAGCUGGGAAAAAUGACUACUGUAUAAUAGAACUCCUAUCAGGAAACUUGCAGGUGAGAGUAAAUUUUGGUGCAGGUGAACAAGUGCUUCUUUUUGAGCAAAGACUUCGUAUGAAUGACUUGACUUGGCAUUCAGUGGAAUUGUACUAUGUUAAGGAUAAGAUCUCUCUGAUUAUUGACAAACAUUAUGAGACAGCUGGCCUAACAGCUAUUGGGGCGCACAAUUUGAACUUUCAACAUGGAAUCUAUGUAGGAGGCCUUGGUGGACUCGAUGUCCCUUACCUAGAUGGAAAGCCCCUCAAUUUCCGAGGAUGUAUGGAGGAUGUGGUAUUUAACCAAAGGGAGAUCCUUAUAUCCCUGAGAUCGUACCCUGGUUUCAAGAAGGUUUAUGAGGUAUCACUAGGAUGCAGUGAUGAAUUUUUUGCUGGACAAGAUGAAGCCAUCAAUUUCUUUAGCUCCAGAUCCUAUGUCACCUUCCCAGAAUGGAGGAUACAUAGAAAAGGGCUGCUGGAAUUUGCUUUGCAGACUGGAUCUCGACAAGCCUUGCUUUUAUUUCAGUCUGGAAGAGAAGGAGAUUUUGUUGCUUUGGAAAUAGAUGAAGGCCUAUUGAAGGCUCAUGUAGGAAGGAGUAAAAGUAAAACUCAACUUUCUUGUUUUAGCUUAGUUAGUGACAAUAAGUGGCACGUUAUUCAACUCAAACUCACUGAAAGGCAUCUGAACUUGAUGGUAGAUGAAGAAGGGGUAAGGACGUUGCUGCCUUUGCAAAACAAGCCAUUUGUGUCUGAAGGCCCCCUCUUUGUGGGAGGUCUUGAUAACCAUGUGUGGGAAGAAGUAAAGAAGUUAGAACUUCCCUCUGUGCCAAGGAAAUCUGCUCAAGGAAUCUCUUUCAAAGGGUGCCUAAGAGGUUUAGAAGCCAACUCAGAAAAGAGAGCAUUAAGGGAUGCCCUCAUUUCCAAAGAUAUUUCAGUUGGGUGCAAAACUAGGAGUACUGAUAACACAAAUCCUCCCAUAACAACGUUGGAAAACCUGCUUCAGUCGGAAGUUACUACUGCCAUCCCUGAGGCCACCGAGCCUUUUCUUCAAGAAGAGAGUAGCUAUUUCUUAGUUUUAAAUGACUUGGAGGUCCAAGAAGGUGGACAUGCCUUAUUGGAACAAAGGCAUAUGAAAGUGAACAUGGAAUUUAAGGAUUUGGGUGUCCAUCAUUCUCAAAUACUAUUUAAAAUAAAGGAAAUGCCUAUUCAUGGGUUCCUUCGAUUAGAUGUUUCACCUGAGCAAGAAAUGGACAAGGCUUUUACUCUGUUAGAUUUGUGGCAAGGAAAAGUUUGGUACGUCCAUGAUGGUUCAGAAGAACCUAGGGAUUUUUUCACAUUUUUGGUCUCUUUCAACAGCAGUAAGGAAAUGCCAUUAUAUCUGCCAGGACAUGUUCCACACGUGUUUAACAUUAUUGUCAUUCCAGUAAAUGAUCCCCCGCACCUUAAACUCCCUGAAGGCAACUUGCUUCUCCUGCUUGAGAACUCUAAGAAACGAUUGACCCCUAAUCUAAUACACGUGUCAGACCCUGACACACAUUCUCUGGGUAUUAGUUUUUCAGCUCUUGGUAACUUCAAUUCAGAUGCUGGGUUUUUAGAAAAUGUCAUUGAUCCUGGGAGAGCCAUUAAUAGUUUUACAUAUGGGGAGUUAAGAAAUGGCAACAUUUUCUAUGUGCACAGGGGUCAUCGGAACUCCCGGAUUGUUCUGAGAGCAAGUGAUGGAGAGCUAGUUAGCAAUACAGUGGUGCUACGGGUCAUGGCUGUUCCUUGGGACUUUGAAGUGGCCAACAGAACUGGUGUGGUUGUACAACAAGGUAGCAUGGUUCUGAUUACACAGAGUAACUUGUCAGUGGAGGUUAAUGGUAAAUGGCAGGAGAUGGAGACCCGCUAUGAUAUCACUCAUCCACCUCUGUUUGGUCAGAUUCAGCGGUGGCAGUCUAGUGGUGAGUGGAAGCAAGUUAGCAGCUUUUCCCAGAGUUCCAUUGAUCGGGGUCGGAUCAGAUACUGUAGUACAUUCAAAGAGUUGCAGAGAGAAAAUGUUACUGAUCACUUUAAAUUUAAAGUCAGCAUAGAAGGAAAAACCAGUGAAGAGCUGACAUUUCCUGUUACUGUACAAUGGCUGAAGUUUACACUUCUGAACAAUGUUCCUCUCAAGAUCAGUAAAAUAAGCAAGCAAGUAUUGAAUUCUGAUCAGUUGCAGGCUGUGACAGAGGGUGUGGAAGUAGCUGAGAGUGAACUACAUUUUAAGUUACUGACCCCACCUAAGAAAGGAAAAUUGCUACUUGGCAAUAAAGUUCUAAAAACAAACUCAAUCUUCAGCCAAAAAGACGUUACAGACUCUGAGAUAAGUUAUGAACCACAGGAGAGGCCGGUAGCAGAUGCCCAGGAUACUUUUAGGUUCUUGAUUGUUGCAAAACACAUAGAAUCCAAGGCUUAUACUUUCAGAAUAAACUUUAAAGCAGAUAAAACACACAUUAUUUUAACUAACAGAGGAUUAUUCGUAAAAGAAGGAGAAGGGACGUUAAUUACAAAAUCAGAAUUAUUUGUUCAAACCUUGGACAAUCAAAUCUUCCAAUAUAAAAUCACCAAGGGGCCUCAACAUGGGAAGCUGAAGCUGAUUAACAUUCCUGAUUCUCUGGGAAGUAAUGACAAUGUCACUGUGUUCACUGAUGAAGACAUCGUGGGUGAGAGGCUGAUGUAUAUUCACGAUGACUCUGAGACCUUGUAUGAUGAAUUCCUUGUUGUGGCCUCCUCCCAAGGACCAGGGCGAGAGGGAGCAGUCAGGGAUCUUGACACAGAGCAUUUGUCUGCAGAAAUCAAAGUCAACAUUUCUGUUGGGUUAAAGAAUGAUGAGAAACCAGUGCGUGUGGUAGAUAAGGUCUUUAGUGUUGUGCGGAAUGGCCAGCGCUUAUUGACUCUGGCAGAUCUCUGCUACCAUGACCCUGAUUUAGAUUUUGAUGAUGGGCAGUUGCUGUACACCCGGCGGGGCAUUCCAAAUGGGGAUUUGGUGCGAGCCAGUGACUCCACUCAGAAACUCUAUCAAUUCAGUCAGGAGGACCUACGGGAGGGGCGCGUGCUCUUCAGGCAUCACGGUGCAGACUCUGCCCGCUUUGUGCUGUUUGUGACAGAUGGCGUCCAUUACACGUCGUCCCUUCUCGAGGUCAGUGCGUCAGACCCUUACAUCCGAAUAGCCAACAACACUGGACUACUUGUACAGAGAGGAAAAGACAGCUGCCUCACAGGAGCUAACCUUAGUGUCACCACAAACCAAGAUGUCAGAACGGACCUCGAGAUCAAAUUCCACAUUGUGCAGCUUCCAAAGCAUGGCAGAGUCCUGGUCGACAAUUCUGUGUCCCCAUCAUUUUCCCAGCAUGACUUGAAGCAAGGACGUGUGAUUUAUAGGCAUGACGGCAGCGACAACUUUGACACGUUCAACCUGAGAGUGACAGUUAAAGAUACGUAUUCAGACAUAGGAGUCUAUGUACAAGUGUACUUGGAAAGCCACCAACAUCCCACCCAACUUUUGCACAGAAGGACCCUUGUAGUGGAAGAAGGAAAACCAGUGAAAUUGUGUAGAGGAAGACUUCAGGCUGUGCAUGAAGAUAAUAUUCCUUCAGAGGCAGUGUUCAUAGUCAGAGUUCCGCCAAUGCAUGGAUACCUCCGAAAUUCUGUACCAGAAGAAGACAGCUUGGGUGCAGAUGAAAAGUCCUCUUUGAGUUUUACACAGCAAGAUAUUGAUGAUGGUAGUAUACACUAUGUGCAGACAGCUCCUGACCAACAGCAGGACCGUUUUUUACUGGAUGUGACUAACGGUUUCCAAGCUGUGAGUGGAGUGGAAAUCUUGGUAGAUAUCGUCCCUAAGCGAAUUCCUCUGGAGAUGGAAAACGAAUUGAUUUACUAUGUUCAUGAUGAUAGCGAGGAGCUUCUUGACAACUUCACCAUCUUUGCAAAUAGCUCAGAGCUUGGAAAACAGAGUUUGCCCCAAACUAUUUUUGUGACUGUUGAAUCAGUAAAUGAUGAGGCUCCAGUGAUAAUAGCCAAUAAAGUCCUCCAGGUGUGGGUGAAUUCUGUUACUGAGAUAACCCGUGGUGACCUCUGUGCAGAAGAUGGGGACUCCUCCCCUCAGGACCUGGCCUAUUGGGUCACUCCACCCAGCAAUGGGCAUUUGGCUCUCAAGUUCUUCCCUGACCGAAGCAUCCAGAACUUCACCCAGGCUCAGAUCAAUGAGGGCCAGCUAAUGUUUGUACACACUGGAGCCAUGUCAGGAGGGUUUAAUUUUCAGGUUACUGAUGGUUUGAACUUUGCACCUCGACAAAUUUUUAGCAUCACAGCUCGUGCUCUGAUCAUUAGCUUAGAAGCAAACACGGGACUAAGCAUCUUUCCAGGUUCCACGAAGCCCAUUUCAUCCUGUGAGCUGAAAGCUGUAACCAAUGAUGUGGACAGCGCAGGAAACAGAACUCUAACUUUUACGAUUGUCAAUGAAAGGCUGAUAUUAUAUCAGCAUACUGACCUUGAGAACACAGGCUGGGCUGCAGAAGACUUUUUCAUGUUCACAACAUCCUCCCUGCCAGCAACUCUAGGCCCUGAGAUGUUUCGUAUUACUGUUUCAUAUGAAAUCAAUGAUCCUCAUCAGCAGAGUCGUCUGCUUGCAAAUACAGGAGCUGCUGUCAAGGAGGGAGACAAAGUUCUGAUUGACCAGUCUAAAUUAGAUGCUUCCAAUCUCUUAUUUAAACUACACAAGUCUCAGCGUUCUUCUUAUGAAAUAUGGUUCCAGGUUACAUCUCUUCCUCACCACGGAACCAUUAUGAUUGGAGAAAGAAAUAUUACCAAAGGAAAACCGAAUUUCUCCCAGUAUAUAAUUAAUAAAUUUGGAAUCACAUACUUUCACGAUGACUCUGAAUCACUGACUGAUAAUUUUACCUUUGCUGUUUGGCCAAACCAAAAGAGCAAGUCCUCCACCAAGCCAGAGGCUGACUUUCUUGAAGAGAUGUUUAAUAUCACCAUCUCUCCCGUGAAUGACCAGGCACCAGAAUUAAAGACAAAAGGACUUCAAUUGAAAGUUUUGCAGGGCAGUAGGGUGGUUGUGGGACCCGAAAACCUGAAAGUGGAAGAUCUAGACAGUCCCCCAGAGGAGAUCAGAUAUGUGAUUAUCCGUAACCCUAGUAAUGGCUUUUUGGCAAUGGAUUACCAUCCAGACACACCUGUUCACCAUUUUACACAAGCUGACAUUGAUAACUCCCAAGUGUGGUUUGUACAGGAUGGAAGCCCAUCCUCUGGAGUGUUUUACUUUAGUGUGACUGAUGGCAAACAUCGCCCACUCUACAAGCUCUUCCACCUGGAUGUCACCCCCAUCUCCAUCACCCUCGUGAACCUCACUGACCUUCAUCUCCCACAAGGCCAGACAACCAUUUCAAUCACCAAUGCUCACCUGUCAGCAGUGACUAAUGGGAGGAGCCCCCAAAUCACUUACAAGGUCACACAGCCCCUCCAGCAUGGGCAUCUGCUGAUUGAAAACCAGGUGGUCACCAGCUUUGAAGAGGAAGAUUUGUAUUCAGGAAGACUCUCUUACAACAUGACAAAUCUCACUGCCUCAGAGGACCAGCUACAGUUCUCACUGUUUACUUCAGAAAGCAACCUGACAGGACAAACACUGAGCAUCAGAGUUCAGCCUUUACUGCAGGUUACGUCAAACCUGAAAAUUGCCAACAGAGUGGCUCACCGGCUGAGGAGAAAGGAUCUGGAUGCUACUGAGCUUGCUAAUAUGACUAACAGUGAUCCCAAAUUUGAAGUGAUAGCACCCCCUGCCCAUGGAAGACUUGUAAGAAGAGCAGGUUGCAACACUUCAGUGGAAGACACUACAUUGUUCACUCAAUGGGACAUUGACCAAGGGCUGUUAAUGCUAGACCCACAUGCUAAUCUAACAGGCACCGAUAUGCUGAAUGAUUCCUUCACUUUCUUGCUCAGGGCAGACCACGUGCAGCCAGCAAUAAGUUAUCUCCCCUUCACCAUUGUGCUACCGGACCCCUUACUUUUGCAAAAUUUUACCUCAGAUGUUCCUUUAUUAGUUACUGCAGAUAACCUUGUAACCUCAGAUCCCUCUCAGGAAAAGUCUGUGGUUUCUUUAGGACUCACAGCACAAACAGAAAUUAUGGGAAAGCUGACCCAGACCAGAUGGCAGGAAACAGAUUCCUGGGGCCGUCAUAGUGCUGAAGAGCCUACUGUGGAUGGGAAGACCUCUUCCAGCAGGGCUGUUUGGCCACCAGCCACCACCAAGGUCAGCCUUGGGACAGCUACCCAACUCAGUGAGAGCAGCUACCCACUGAUGGUCAUCAUACCCUUGGCUGCAGUGGUCUUCCUGCUGAUGGUGAUUGCAGUGGCCUUGUGUGGUUGGCUACUGGGCUGGAAGGUAGAAAAAGCAAAACCUCUUAUCAAGCCCCAGACCAACCCAGAACCCACAGCCCCAAGAACUAGACCAGAAAGGAGUAUAACCGUUCCUACUGUCACAGUGAUGCCACUUAUAAAAAGCUCCAGCAGCCCCCAAGUCAGCCCCCUAAGGGCCCCACAAUGUGAGCAGAUGGCUUCUCUAGUGGCUGAGCCAGUGGAAAAAUGUGCUCCUUGGGAGACAUCGAUGAGCUUAGAUCCCGACAUGGUGAAACUCUGCCGGCAAACCAACCCAGCACUAAAGCACAACCAGUACUGGGUAUAG